AUGUCGACAGCUAGUGAUGAUCGUUCUUUGGUACUAACUCAUUCUCAUGAAGAGCUUAUAAGGGCUUUAGAAAACCAUGAUUAUUCCCAUAGUUCUUCUUCCCAUUCUAAUAUCGAUUCAAUCCCCGGGUUCAGUCCAGUAUUAUCUUCAGAUGAUGAUCAUAAAACAACUCCUCAUAAAAUCAUAUCCCCCAAGCCUCAACAACUUCCAACUCCUUCUGAAAGAAAAAGUCCUUCUUAUACUCAUAAAAGAAUAGAAUCCAAUCCUUUUGAAAUCCUUUAUGAACCUGAAAAACAAAAACCAAUGAGUCCCUUUAGAGAUCAAACCUCUCCAGCUCAACCAGUAUCUCCGAUGUCUCCAAAAUAUUUAGAAAUUGAAAAAUCUUUCCAAAUGGCUAAGUUAAAAGGUUCCAAUAAAGAUCUUAAAAAUACAGUUUCAUCUCAAAGUCCUAGCAGUCAUCCCAUAGUCACCAUCGUUGAUCAGCUGAACCGUUUUAAACGGUCAGGUUCAAUUGUUUCCAGAUCAGCAUCUUUAAGGAACAGAAAUAAAAUUAAAAGUAGAAAUAAAAUUGUCCGCCGUUCAGAUUUACCUCUUACUCCAGAUAACUCAGUGUUUAACCUGCCUCAUGCUCCUUCAAGAAAAUUGAUUCAUUCAGAUAAUCUUUCUUCUUCCUCUUCGAUCAUAUCCCCUAAAGAAGUCCCCAAGUCUAAGAAUAAUAAUAAUAAUUAUAAAGAUAAACUUAGAUUUCUUUUCCCAGUUAAACGUAAAACGUCCCUUAAGAGAAGGUCAAGUUAUUCACAAUUAGAUUCAAAAUCUCCUCCAAAAUUUAAAUCUAAAGAUGAUAUCGACGAUUUUUUCUUACAAAAUAAUGUUGAGUCGUUAUUAAAAGAAAUCCUACCUCAUUCAAUGAAGCUUUACGAUUUCAAACAAUUAAUUAAAUUAAAUCCAAAUCUUGUGGGUACCGAAAUGGCAAUCACCCUAGAUCAGAAUAACCAAUUUACCCUCUCUGAUUUACCCCCUAAAGUGAUCUCAGCUCCUCUUCAAGACACUUUUAUUAAAACUACCAACAGAUUGAAAGAUCAAACUUCCAGCGAAGCAUAUCCUAAAACAUUAGCCCCCCCAGUUUCUGCCGAAUCAGGUACUUUAUUCAUGCAUACUAGAGAUGUCUCAAAUCUGAUCCCAAUUUCUGAUAUGAUUUAUGCGAGAUAUAGAGCAGCAGUAUUUUCUAACCCUAAUCGUUUCCAUAUUCCCCCUAGGUUUUAUGACGUUUAUCCUGAUGAAAAAAGAGAUGAUGCCAUACUUAAUCCAAAUGAAGUCGAGCAGAUUGAGAAAAAAAUAUUAUUGGAAGUCUUGAUUCGUCGUACAGUGGCUGCAAAAAUUGAGUAUCGAUUGAAACAAAACGGAGUUUGGACUUCUCAAAGAAGAAGAUCUGCUAAAGAAUCUCAAUCUUCAACUACAAUCACCUCUAGAGGUGAUGAUUCUAAUAACUCGUCAUCUCAUCACUCCCGCAAAUCUCCUUCAAAUAAAUCUCAUGAUUUGAGUCUGGGUAAUAACACUUCUUCAAGUAACUAUUCUUCAAAUGGUUCUAAUAACAGUAUGAAUACCGACCAUUUAAUGCAACAGAAUGCCUCUUUAUUUUCAGAAUUCUUACCUUCUCCUCAAAUAAGUUAUACUUCAGAUAUUUUUGGUAGCGGAUUUGAAAUUUUCCCAAGUGGUGAUCCUUCUUCUUCAACUAUACAUCCAACUAAUAGCCAUUCUCCUCGAAGUACCACUAGUCCACUUGCCAUGAUUUCGGAACGCCCUUCGGGAAGUCAGCAUACUAGUGAAAGCCCUUUACGAAUCAGGAAAAUGGGCUCAAAUCCUUCUGGCCCAAGAUCAGGCUCUUCAAAAGAUAUCGCCUUGCAUGAUAACUCAAGCUCGAAAUACUCUUCUCAUAAUUUAUCGUACAGAAAGAAAUCAACCGACCAACCAGAUUCCCCUGUUUCUCUUUACGUAAAUGAUUUUAAUGUAGCAUAUUAUGCUCAUUACAAAAAACCGAAUCAUUUACAAGAUGUUGAACAAGCUUUAUUGAAAUCUAAUGUUUAUCAAUUAAAACCAAUGAUGAGAUCGAAUGUUACUAUAUCUAGUUCUAUUAGUGAUGGAUCCAACUUUAGGGCAUCAACACCCCCUCAAUUAAGUUUCGAAUCUAGUAUUGAAGACAAUAAACAAGCAAAUCAUGGCCAUGUUAGAUCUGGUUCUUCAACUGACCCAAGUCAAAGUAAAAGACAGUCUCAAUCUACAAACGAAACUUGUGAAAAGAAACGCCAAUCUCAAUCUACAACUGACACCAAUGAAAGAAACAGAAGCUCGCAAUCAACUACAAACACUUCAAUGUUCCAAGGCUUGGACGACCUAUCGAAACAGUUAUCGGGAUUCAUUAAAAAUGAAUUUCACCAUGACUUUACUGCCCCAAAUGCACCAGUGGAAGAAACUUUGCCCGCAAUCAACCAAUCACCUGCUACAAUGAAUGCUUCUUUAAGUGAGCACUCAUUAAGUCAACAUCUAGCUUUGGAAGUACCUAGACCUUAUAGACCAAGAGAAUCUCGUGCUUCCCAAACUUCAGCAUCUUCACUUAGUUUGUUGGAAAAUUUACAAAAACAUGGUUCAGAAGAAAAUAUAGAGCUCCUUCCAGUCCAGAACCCCUCACCUAAUAUAGUUCAAACUGAAAUGCAACCUAACCCAAUGUCAGGCGUUAAAUCAUUGCAUGGAUCUAUCAAGUUUUCAACAGAAUCUGAAGAUUCUCAUAGUACAGCAUUACAACUGGAGAGUGGAAGAUCGAAUUCUUCUAAUUGGCAACUGCCAGAAAAUUAUAUGAGCUCCAAUUUACAAUCGCCUUUAGAUCGAAUUGAUGAGAAAGUAAUCUUUAACUCUAGGUCAAGUUCAAUAAGUCCUCAAAGUGUUUCUCAACCGAAGCAAUCAUUGCCAAAUAGAUCGAUACCCAAUCAUCAGAGUGUUGCUUCAUUUAGAUUCCAAAACAGCCAAUCAAAACUCUCAUACUCGGAUACUAUCAUGAGUAAAAACUCGAGCUUAUCAUUCAAAUCAUCGAAUACAGAGAAGCAAUUUAGAUUAAAGGAUGACGAUAAAAGAAAUUCCUUUUGA